UUGGAUAUUACAAGAAGUUGAAAAUGGACAGCGUGCAGAAGAUUUAAAAAUGAAUGUGUUACAAGCUAUCCAUUUUAUUAUUCAAGGGUGGGACGAAGUUAAAGCCAACACAAUUCAGAAUUUUCGCCAAACCACUAACCCUGUUCUCAACGAUAUUGCCAAUAUACUUAAUGCUCUUGACCUUCUCGAUCCUAUGCAAGUUGAAGAGUAUUUGGCAAUCCCUGAAGAAAAUAUCGUUUAUGAAGUUCCCUCCAAUGAUCAAGUUAUUACAGAGCUUGUUGAAACAUUCAGAACAAACGAACCAACAAAUAUUGAUUUGGAAGAUGAAGACGAUAGCUUUGAAGCCCCCAUUGUUAGUGCCAACAUGGCAAUUGCAAGUUUGGAAACCAUGCGUACGUUUUUGCUUCAGCAGGAUUGUAUAGAAGAAUAUGUUAAUCUUGUAAGAAGGAUUGAAAAAUUUAUCAAAAAGACAAAG